GAGUGACGCGGCAAUGAUACCCCUCAGCCCUCAGCCCUCAGGAUCUCGCGUCUUGUCCUACAUUCCAUCCAUCCAUCCGUGACAAGACAAUGAUGCUCCUCAGGAUCUAGCGUCUUGUAGUAAGCAGGAGCUCCAGGUUUUUCUCAGUGUACGAGGAAUCAGGUGAUGUGGUGUGAAACAGACUAAGGCAGUGUCGACAGAAGGAAGAGCGCGCAGCCUAGCCGGUUUGUGCAACAAGGAGAACAAUUUGAGGAACACCUAGAACAGCACCUCAAGGAGGAAGACUGAAUUGGAGAGCAAAUGAUCUGAAAAAAAAAGAAAGAAAAAAAAAAAGAAACAAGCUUCAGGUAGAAAAUAAAGGAACCACGGCUACAUGUGAUAUUGUCAAGAGCCCCUCCUGCCUUGCUACGGACCAAUGCACACACUAAGCAUGGACGACACUCCUGAGGACAAAGCAGCGGCUGGAAUGUGCCACAUUAAAGAUGAACACAGAGACACUUCCUCAAGUGAACAUCUGGUCGUAGUAGUGAAGACUGAGCCCUAUGACUUCACAGUCUCGGCAGUGGAGGACAGCGUGGGACUCAGCUGUGACUCAGCCUCGGAAGAAGCAGAAGCAAGCACAGUGGGUUGCGACUCUUCAGAUACAGAGCUCAACGUCAGCGUAACGGCGGUUCAGCCUCCAUUCGACAACAUUCUCUCAGUCACUGUGGAUGUUCGACCCACGGAUUCAAAGGCCGGAGACAUCACUCCUUUCGAGAGGCACGAGGCAAGCGAACCCUCUGUCUGCGACCAGGAGAAGGAUAGGACAUUCAGGUGCAACGUAUGCUUGGCUAUGUGUGUUGAUGUUGACCAGUUGGAUGUUCACCUCGAGACUCGCGAAACUAAAACGUUUACCUGCGCGGCAUGUUCUGUGAUGUUGCAUCAGGUGUCAGCUCUGCAAGCGCAUGUGCAGCAUCACAUAGGCGAGAAGCCUCACAAGUCUGAUCCCUGUCCUCCAGCGUUCAGCGUAAGCACAGACUUGUGUCAUCCCAAGAGGACACACGUAGGAGAGAAGUCAUUCAAGUGCGAUCUCUGUCCUGCAGCGUUCAGCACCGGCGCACACCUGCGGCGUCACACACGGACACACACAGGAGAGAAGCCAUACAAGUGCGAUAUGUGUCCCGCAGAGUUCUGCCUGAGCUGGCAUCUGAGGUCCCACCAGCGGGUACACACGGGCGAGAAGCCCUACAAGUGCGACCUCUGUCCAACGGUGUUCAGCAGCGGCACACACCUGCGGCGGCACAAACGGAUACACACAGGGGAGAAGCCAUACAAGUGUGAUCUCUGUCCUGCAGCGUUUAGCACUGGCACACACCUGCAGAGACACAGACGCAUACACACAGGCGAGAAGCCGUACAAGUGCGAUAUGUGUCCCGCGGAGUUCUGCCAGAGCACAAAUCUGAGGUCCCACAGACGGAUACACACGGGCGAGAAGCCCUACAAGUGCGACCUCUGUCCUGCAGAGUUCAGGCGGGGCACAGACGUGUGGCGCCACAUGCGGGUACACACAGGCAAAAAGCCGCACAAGUGUGAUCUCUGCCCUGCAGCGUUCGGCACUGCCACACACCUGCGCCGUCACAAACAGAACAAAAGCCACACAAGGGAGACCUCUGCACUGCGGAGUUCACCUCAACCUGCGGUGUCGCGAGCUGAUACAGACGGGUGAGAGAGCAUACAAAUGCAAGCUCGGCAGUGCAGCAUUUCUCAGCCGCAGAGGCCAGCAGCUGGGCCACACGUGGAUGGACACCCACGCGAACCCGUACAAGUGUAGCUUCCCACUAACCUGUGGUGUUAAGAAUGACAGGUGCAGUGGUGCUCAGGGUCUAGGUGGCUGCCAAAAGGGAGAAGGUGCAAACUAACUGGUGCAUGAUUGAUGAUUAAGCAAACGAAAAACCGAGAGACACGGGACAUGUAGACAGACACGAAGAAGUUCUCAAACACAGUAAAGGGUUUAAUUAACAUGAA